ACUCCUGUCAGCAACAGCAGCUGUCAGGGGGUACAGCAAAGCUACAGCUGCAGGACAGCUGGUGUGUUGAGUGGAGUGUUCAGCCCCCAGAGUCGCAGGUUCCACACAUCCUCACACAGCUUCAGCUUUCCUCGCUGCCUUUGUACGUCUGCCCCUGAUAGUCAGGCAGGGAAACCCCACAUUCGCAGGCACCUCUCCGCAGCAGCCCCUGCUGACCAGACCGGGAAGCCCCCCAGCCAGCGGGAGCGGUUGAAACGAGCGGUCCGGGACUACGGAGCGACGGUCGUCGUGUUUCAUGUCGGCAUCUCGCUGCUGUCACUGGGCGGCUUCUACCUCGCUGUGUCCAGUGGACUAGACAUGGUGGCCUUGCUGCACAAGCUUGGCGUCGGGAAGGCGAUCGCUGAGUCAGGUGUGGCGACGGGAGCGAGCACGUUUGUCAUCGCGUACGCCGUGCACAAAGUCUUCGCACCUGUCCGCAUCGGAAUCACUCUCACCUGCGUGCCUUUUGUUGUGCGCUACCUGCGCAACGUGGGCAUGCUCAGAUGAGGGCCUGUAUCAUAGAUGUACAUAAUUAAUAACUAUCCGGUAUGUAAGCAAUAAGCAAUGGCAGCAAAUUGAAAUUACCCAUAUUGUGUAGCAGGGUUUUUUCUAAACAGGGGAAUAAGGGAGCUGCUCCCUCAUAUCAAUUUUCGGAUAAUUUGAACCCUAAGUGGCUACAUACACAACAUAUAGUCUUUCUCAAAAUAAUCUUUUUCCAGUAAAGAUGUAAAAAUGAUACAACAAUGCAUUCUAGCAUUACAAACUGUGUUACUAUCAUAAAAAAAAACACCCCCUCGCUCACUAACUCUCUUGCCAUGCUUGCGAUCUGCUCCCUCACGCUAAAUUUUCCUAGAAAAAAACCUGUUGUAUAGGAUGGGCAGAUGUGAAUCUCUGUUGCUGUAUGUUUUCUGUUAAGUAUUAUAAAGAUGUGUAUCAUUUCCAUUCUGAGAAAGAGUAGUAAUAAAACAUUUCUCAUUCGUAAUGAAAAGAAGUGAAAGGGAAAAGGUAAAGCAGUCAUAUUGCUUUGUCAAGGAAAAGAGAAGUGUGAAUGUCAAACUUUGGUCACAAUCCACAAAGCUUCACCGCCAUCUCCUGACAUAACUACAUUAUACUCACUUAAGUACCUCUAGCUCUAUGCCUAGAAGUGGCCAAAAAUAAUUGGCCUUGCAUUGAGUGACACCGUUAAAAAAAAAAGUUCUUUAAGAGGUUUUCUUAUUUGUUCUGUUCACAUAGGAAGCGAAGAAAGCCUCUGUAAUUAGAAAGGACCAAACUUCAAUAUGCCAAUCUGUUUAUGUUCUUGUGUUAAGUUGUUUCAACAGUUACUAUUCCUUUGUGUUAGAAGGCAUGCUCUAGCCUGUACCAGGCUUCGGAAGGCGGUUGGAAAGAGCAGAAAUUGGCCAUAUAGAGAGAUAGCAUGCCGGGACUUGGUCUGCUGAGGGAGAAAAGUUUGCCGCACAACUGUACUCUCCAGCAGGCCAACUCCCCGGCAUGCUAUCUCUCUAUUUGGCCAAUUUCUACUCUUUCCAGCCGCCUCCUGAAGCCUGGUAGAGGCUAGGCAUGCCCCAGAACUCCUGUAUGCCAAUGAUCAGAAGUAUGAGAGGCCGGCUGGGCCAGCAAUGUUGUGCUCAGUCAUGGCAGUGAGAAUAUAGAAGCUUCCAGAAGCUGUUUGUAAUUUUUACCCAGUCAUGUGGACCUUGUCCUUUAUGUAAACAUCCUGGGUUGAUGUGUAAACAACAGGACCUUUCAAAGUCUUUCUUGUGUUGGGAUUGCAUCAGCCAUGUGUCAAAGGUCAUCUGCCCGACCUUGAUGUUGCAGGGUUUCAGGGCGUUUUGUUUGUAGAACAGAAAUUCUAGAUCUGUAUUUUCAUGUCUCUAAUGAAAGAAGGGGAAAAUUGAAUAUUCCUUGUUCAUACUCAUAAGCAUAGCUGAAUCAUGAAUGAGGAGGGGGGUAUGUACAAUAUGUUUAUUGCCAAACAUACAUGUGCAUGUAAUACAGUCUGCACAAUAUCAUGUAACUUUAAGUUGAUCCAUGAAAAGCAAUAAAAGGAAUCUAAAAGAA